AUGUACCUGGACACUGAUAACACAUUACUAACCGCGCCGUCCACGCUUUCACAAUCCCCAGCUGGACCUCCACUCACACUGGCCGCUCUGUUCAUCCCCCAUGGCCAUGAACACCUUCGUACACUCAUCCCAACUAUCAGGAAGAUGCCAGCCCUAGACCACGAGUACUUCCAGUCGAUUCCCUGGUGUGCAAAGCUGUUGGCAGAAACCGAUGUCGUCAUCCUCGCCACGCCCUCUCGCCAGAGAAAGGAAAGCACCGAAGACGAGCUCGUUGCCGUUACACUGAAGACGGACAGGACCAUACGGUCUUGGUUGACAUUCUACAAAAGACCUGCGGCAGGCACCACACGUGUGGAUGAAGUCUACAAUCUGCUGAGCUUAGGCCCGGGCGUCAAUGGCUACGCUCAUCUCGUUGCCGGUGGAAUCAUUGGAGUCAUACUUGAUGAAUGCAUGGGAAUUUUAGGGUUGAUCAAUCAGAGUCUAGGCGUGGAGGGCGCAGGAGGCUUUAUGGUCACAGCGAACCUGAAGAUCAAUUACGUGAAAGCUGUGCCAACUCCAGGAACCUACCUUGCUACGGCGACACUUCGAGAGCUCAGAGGGCGGAAAUCCUACUUUGAUGCGUCAAUUAAGGAUGGAGAUGGGACGGUUCUAGCUACAGCGGGAUCCUUGUGGAUUGACGUCGCAGCGAAGCUAUGA